AUGUCUGGUAAGUCGGGUCAGGAGUACAAGAUCGAGCUGCAAGAUAUUUAUUUCAAGAUAUGUAAACUGAAAAUGAACAGUGCUCUUAUUUUAACGCACAACAAGCUAUUUGAAAAGUCCAACACUCUAUAUCCAUUCACUAAAACAGAGGUUAAAAUGAGCAGUAUCGCUUCUUCGCAACAUAGUUAUGUUUGGGAUAGUGUGUUUCAGUCGCAGUGUCCAAACAUAUUGGUUGUUGGGUUUGUCGAUGGAGACGGUGUGAAUGGAUCUUAUACAAAGAACCCGUUUAAUUUUCAGAGAUCAUUUGUGAAAACGGUGGCAUUGUAUUUAGAUGGUGUCAGUGUACCUGGUCGACCCAUCGAAGGAGACGACGUGAGCGCCUACGUGAAUUUGUUCGAGGGCUUGAACAAUUGGAAUAAAAACAGUGGAAACUACAUUGAAAGAACGGAAUUUGCUUUUGGAAAUGGACCAUUUGUGUUCAGUCUUGAAGCCGUUUUUGUUGACUCAUUAUUUAAGUUUGCUUAA